AUGAAGGAAUGUCUGCAGACAGAGCUUCUGGAAACACUUGGGGAUUUGACAGAGAAGGAACUGAAGCUCUUUAAGUGGUAUCUACAGAAACCUGAGACACUGGAUGGUUUACCAGCCAUCCCAAAGAGUGAUCUUCAGACAGCUGAUAAACUGGAAAUCGUGAAUUUGAUGAUCAAUAAAUACAAACCUGAAAAUGCUGUGGGAGUCACAAAAAAGAUUUUGGACAAAGUCAAGACUCGUACAAAUAAACCUUCACACGUUGUGGAGAAACAAGAAAAACCAGUCCAUACAGUUUUAUCAGAAGAGUGUCUUUUACAGUGUCAUCGGUGUCUAAAGUGUAAGCUCAGAGAGAAGUUCCAAAUUGUCUUGGAGGGAAGUGUCAGAGCUGAAAAUCCAACCCAAGUCCAACUGAAUCAGAUCUACACAGAGCUCUACAUCACAGAGGGAGGGACUGCAGAUGUCAGACAGAUUGAAACAGCAUCCAGGAAACCAGACAGACCAGAAACAACAAUCAGACAAGAAGACAUCUUUAAAGGCUCACCACAAAGAAUUCAAAAAAUCAGAACAGUGCUGACAAAGGGAGAGGCUGGUAUUGGCAAAACAGUCUUAACACAGAAGUUCAUUCUCGACUGGGCUGAAGACAAAGCCAACCAGGACAUCAAGUUUUUAUUUCCAUUCACUUUCAGAGAGCUGAAUGUGCUGAAAGAGGAAAAGUUCAGCUUGGUGGAACUUGUUCAUCACUACUUUACUGAAACCAAAGAAGCAGGAAUCUGCAGCUUUGAAGACUUCCAGGUUGUGUUCAUCUUUGAUGGUCUGGAUGAGUGUCGACUUCCUCUGGACUUCCACAAAACUACAAUCCUAACUGACCCUAGAAAGUCCACCUCAGUGGAUGAGCUGCUGAUAAACCUCAUCAGGGGGAAGCUGCUUCCCUCUGCUCGCCUCUGGAUAACCACACGACCUGCAGCAGCCAAUCAGAUCCCUCCUGACUGUGUUUACAUGGUGACAGAGGUCAGAGGGUUCACUGACCCACAGAAGGAGGAGUACUUCAGGAAGAGAUUCAGAGAUGAGGAGCAGGCCAGCAGGAUAAUCUAUCACAUCAAGACGUCACGAAGCCUCCACAUCAUGUGCCACAUCCCAGUCUUCUGCCGGAUCACUGCUACAGUUCUGGAGGAUGUGCUGAAAACCGGAGAGGGAGGAGAGCUGCCCAUCACCCUGACUGAGAUGUACAUCCACUUCCUGGUGGUUCAGGCCAAAGUGAAGAAGGUCAAGUAUGAUGGAGGAGCUGAGACAGAUCCACACUGGAGUCCAGAGAGCAGGAAGAUGAUUGAGUCUCUGGGAAAACUGGCGUUUGAUCAGCUGCAGAAAGGAAACCUGAUUUUCUAUGAAUCAGACCUGACAGAGUGUGGCAUCGAUAUCAGAGCAGCCUCAGUGUACUCAGGAGUGUUCACACAGAUCUUUAAAGAGGAGAGAGGACUGUACCAGAAUAGGGUGUUCUGCUUCAUCGAUCCGAGUGUUCAGGAGUUUCUGGCUGCUCUUCAUGUCCAUCUGACCUUCAUAGACUCUGGAGUCAAUCUGAUGCAAGAACAACAAACAACACCCAUUAAGUGUGAAACCAGAGAAGAACUGGAAGAGACACACGUCACCCAGAUUGCUGUGAACAAGGCCUUACAGAGUCCAAAUGGACACCUGGACUUGUUCCUCCGGUUCCUCCUGGGUCUUUCACUGCAGAGUAAUCAGACUCUCCUACGAGGUCUGCUGACACAGACAGGAAGUAGCUCACAAACUAAUCAGGAAACAGCCCAGUACAUCAAGGAGAAGCUCAGUGAGAAUCUGUCUGCAGAGAAAAGCAUCAAUCUGCUCCACUGUCUGAAUGAACUGAAUGAUCAUUCUCUAAUGGAGGAGAUCCAACAGUCCCUGAGAUCAGGAAGUCUCUCCACAGAUAAACUGUCUCCUGCUCAGUGGUCAGCUCUGGUCUUCAUCUUACUGUCAUCAGAAGAAGCUCUGGAGGUCUUUGACCUGAAGAAAUACUGUGCUUCAGAGGAGGGUCUUCUGAGGCUGCUGCCAGUGGUCAAAGCCUCCAACACAGCUCUACUGAGUGACUGCAACCUCACAGGGAGAAGCUGUGAAGCUCUUUCCUCAGUUCUCAGCUGCCACACCUGUAGUUUGCAAAAAUUGGACCUGAACAACAAUGAUCUGCAAGAUUCAGGAAUUACUUUUCUCUGA